AUGGACCCGAAUGACGACACCCCGCAGUUCGACUUCGAGCGGCGGAUUUCGCUGCGGAUGCGGCACAUGGACAUGGCGGGGUUCGUGGCCGUCGUCGAGGGCCGCGUCGAACGCCACGCGAUGCAGAACAACGCCUAUGAUUUGAUCUUCGAGAAGGCCGCGGCGGGGGGCUACGUCCUGUCCGGCAGCGUGCAGCGCCUGAUGUCGGAUAAACGGGAGCCCUGGUCCGUCCGGUUUGAUAACCACUUCGGGGUGACGAUUGAGCACUUCUUGCAGAACGCCCUCACAGAGAGCUUCGGGUUUUCGCAAUUUCACGAGCAAUCCUCCUCCUAUCGCCAGGAGGGAAACCGAUCCGACGGCGGCGGUUAUGGCCCCAGCUCGAUGCGUUGGGGCAAUGGCGGUGGGUAUCGUCCCGGUAAUCAAAGACCAUAG